GUUAUGAAAUUCACGUAACAUUGACAUUUUUCAUUGUUUUAUUUACAUUUGACUAUUAGAUACCAGCGAAAUUGCGAUGCUCUCAAUAUGUGCUUAACGCGUAUCCAGAAAACGAUUCACACAGCAACGAGAAUACCAAAAUCGACUGCUCGGCGUUCCGCUAAUCGCAUGCUUUCGCUCAUCGCUUUGAAAGCGUAACGUUUUUAUGUCAGAGUUCCGCAAUUCGUGAUUCGCAAGUGUAUGAAAGGGGCUUAAACCUACCUUAAAGUCGACAUUUUUCUUAUUUGUUCAAAUACGUCACAAUUAUCAAAGGUGCAAAUGAAGGUUUUCAAUCUACCAAAUAUUUCAAUUUAUUAUGUCGAUCAUACCUAUAUUUGGAAGGUGCUAAUCAAAGGAUCUGUCAUUCUCUGUUCAUUCUGUCAAUUUAUUAUUUGACACCCAGAUUUUGUGUACUAUUUUACAUUAAAAAUGACGAAAAAAAGAAUUGAUGAGGUAUUUUUUCUGCUAUUUUGUGAGAAAAAUUCCGAUGGAACAAAACAUUUAAGACUAUUGGGUAGAGAACUCUAUCAGCGAGUAGGCAAAAGACUGGAACCUGAGGAUAUGUUAGAGCUUUCUAAUUUUUUAACAAAAUAUCCUGAAGUUAAAUCUGUGGAUCUUGCAUACAAUAACAUUGGAGAUUAUGGAAUAGAAAUUUUAGCCGAGAAUUAUUUUAGUCAGGCAAAUAAUUUGGAAUAUUUAAAUGUCAUGCAUUGUGACAUUAAUGUAAGAGGAAUGAUGUUACUAUCUGAAGCGAAUUACUUAAAUCUAAAAGAACUGAGACUGGUUGGCAAUAAAUUGGGAAAUUAUGGAGCACGAUACAUUGGCCGAUUUAUAGAAAAUUGUACGAGUUUAGAAACAUUACAUAUUGGGGAAACAGAUCAAACAUUGGAAAGUAUUGAAUCCUUGUUGAUUGUUAUUGAGAAAAGUUCAUUGAGAAGCGUCGAUAUUUCCAGAAUAAUUCCUCAGACUUUUUAUUCCAGUUAUAGUGAUUCAAUUCUAGCUGAUGACUUAGCAGUACUUUUAAAAUUAAAUGAUACUUUGGAGGUUCUUCAAGUGCAGAAAUGUGAAUUUGACGGUCACGAUGUUGAGUUAUUGUUGAGUGGAUUAAAAGUUCAUAGAAACCUUUAUAUGCUUGAUUUAUCAGCGAAUAGAAUUGGAGAUCAUGGUGUUAAUCUUUUGUCCACUUGGCUAAGAACCAGACCACUUUUAAUUGCUUUAAAUAUAUCCUCAAAUGAUAUAGGAACUCGCGGAGCACAAUCAUUGGCACUGGAUCUUCCGUUUUCAAGAUUACGGUUGUUGGAUCUUCAUAAUAACAGGAUAGGCGAUCAAGGCAUAUCAGAUAUCAUAGACACCUUGAAGAAAUCUGUUCAAAUACGUAUGCUCUUUAUUUGGGGUAAUGUGCUAAGACACAGAUCUUUGAGCAAAUUGGAUAGAGCAAUCAAGGCUGGUGUACUAAAUCAGGAAUGUGUCGAUGUCAGAGUAUACGCAGCAGAUGGAAAAUUAGAAGCAGCAUACUAUUCAACAAAUCGCUAUGUUCAGAUGUUUUAUUCCGUUUCUAGCUAUGGAUUCCCACCUGAGUUAAAGAUUAUUAAAAACCAAAUAGCCGCACCAGAUGCCAAGCCUCGCGCACUUAUUGAUCUAGAUUUUAUCGAUAGAUACCCACCGGUUGACGAAACUUUGACAUCCCAAGAAAAAAAUGAUAUUUCGAAUAUGGAUUUGGAAAGAGAACAUAGCAAUAAUAAAUGUGUCUAGUAAACAUUAAUAUUUUUA